AUGGACCUCACCUCCUUCUCCGUGCAGCACGAACUACGCCAAUACAUCUCCACCCGAAUCACCACCAAAGCCAUACCGUUCCUCACCUCUCCACCCAGGGUCUUGACUUCCCCCCACUACCUUCUUCCAUCACCUAAACAUCGGGUGGGAGAGGGGGAGGAAGAGCUCCAGCAGAUCCUCCUGCUUGUUCGGAAACUUCGAGAAGCUCUAGUUGCGAGCAAAAGGAUCGACGAAUUUGCGGUGAAGGUGUACGAGUGCUCGGUGUACUUGAGUCUACUGUGUGGGGAUGUUAUGCAGCUGGCGAGUAGUCUGCCGAGACUUGUACUUGAAUUAUACCCUUCCACACCCGUCCAAGAGCAGGCAGGUGACGAAGAUCUACAACAGCUGUCAAAGCACCUCGGCCUUGAAAGCACCGCAAAGGGACACGAAAGACGACAGCGAUUCAUCUCUCUCUAUCUCCUCCAGAUCCUCUGUCUUUCAGGUCGGGCAACACGUCUCGGGCAAUACUCCAACGAGGAUUCGUCAGGAGCGAUGCUGCAACCGUUACAUCGUGGAUUACGCGAAUACAAGAUCGUGAAAGAAAAGGUUGAGGAGGAGGUACACGGUGAUCUAGGGGAUUGUGGGAGAAUGUGCGAUCGGGUGUAUGUUGCGUUGCGCGAUGUGGAUCCGUUUGCGCUGGCGAGGGUGUUGGAGGGAGGAGAGGGUGGAGGGUAUGAGGUGGAUGGUUGGCAGAGGUUGGUUUUGUUGCAAGUGGUGGGUGGGAUGAGGAAUGCUGCGUGGGGGGUGGCGAGGAGGGCGUAUAUGUAUUUGCCGGUGGGAGAGGCGGUGAAGGAUAUGAUCGAGGGCGGUGCAACGGUAGAACAGAGAACGGGGAGGGAGAUGGAGGAUUCGGAGAGAUUCUUGGGUGAGCUGCUGUUGCUCAACACCAAUAUCCUCCCGGCUGAGUCCUCGUAUAAAGACGCAAAGCAAGAUGUCAAGCCGCAAGAUACCCCGGACUCCUGGGACGCCGAGGACCAGCCUCCCCCUCCACCCGCUCUCGACGAGAACCAAAGAGAAAACGACCUUCGGCUACACGCCUUCCUCACCCACCAAUUCGGCUCCACCCUCCCGACCCGCCUGACCCCUCUCAAGACCGGCCACGCAGUCAAACUCCGCUAG